GAGGGAUUGCUACUUUCUCUCCGCUGAUAGAAACACACAGCAGAAGUUGAGAGCGCGCCGCUCCGGAUCUAUUCUGGAGGCUUCUCUGCUCUGCUCGCACACGCGUUCGUUCCGAGCGGAUCCGUCGGAGAAUUCUGCUAUGAGCCGGAUGCGACAGAAGGCGUGAUUGAUCAUUGAUGAGCGAUUGCAUGAUUGAAACAUUAGUCCACCUGCAGCUGGAGACGCCGGUGCGCUGAGCGCGUCUUGCGGGUUUUGCGCUUUUACGCAUCGGCUGGAUUUGCGCGCAGGAGGGAUGUUGAAGACACCUGUCGUGGUUUUCACUUCUUUAUCGCUGCUGUUGUCGCUGUCAUGUGCUGGAGAUGUAAAAUCGCGCAGCUGCAGCGAUGUGCGCCAGGCGUUCACGACCAAAGGCUUCAGUCUCCAUAAUGUGCCACAUCAGGAGAUAUCAGGUGAACAUCUGCGGGUCUGCUCCCAGGGCUACACCUGCUGCACUUCAGACAUGGAGGACCGGCUCGGCCAGCAGAGCAAACUGGAUUUCGAGAAAUUAGUGGAAGAGAACAGCCACACCAUUAGGACCAUAUUUACCUCCAGGCAUAAAAUGUUUGACGAAUUCUUUCUGGAGUUGCUGGACAACUCGGAAAAGUCUCUGAACGACAUGUUCGUGCGCACAUACGGCAAACUGUACACGCACAACUCGGAGAUGUUCGAGGACCUGUUCUCGGAGCUCAAGCGCUACUACACCGGCGGAAACGUCAACCUGGAGGAAGUGCUGAACGACUUCUGGUCCAGACUCCUGGAGCGCAUGUUCCAGCUGCUCAACUCUCAGUACACCUUCACAGACGACUAUCUGGAGUGCAUCAGCAAGUACACCGACCAGUUAAAGCCCUUCGGAGACGUGCCACGCAAGCUCAAGGCUCAGGUCACCAAGGCCUUUAUCGCGGCGCGCUCCUUCGUUCAAGGACUCAUGGUGGGUCGGGAAGUGGCCAACAGAGUGGCAAAGGUCAAUAUAUCUCCAGGUUGCAGUAAAGCACUGACUAAAAUGCUGUACUGUCCGUACUGUGGAGGAAUGCCAGGCCUCAAACCCUGCUCCAACUACUGCCAGAACGUCAUGCGGGGCUGCCUGGCCAACCAAGCCGACCUGGACCCCGAGUGGAACCUCUUCAUCGAUGCCAUGCUGCUGGUGGCUGACAGACUGGAAGGGCCCUUCAACAUCGAGGCCGUCAUGGAGCCCAUAGAUGUGAAGAUCUCUGAGGCCAUCAUGGCCAUGCAGGACAACAGCAUGCAGGUUUCAUCCAAGGUGUUUCAGGGAUGCGGUCAUCCCAAAGCAGCUGGAGUGGGCCGAUCUGCCCGCGGGAUCUCGGAUGUGUUCAACAGUCGCUUCAGACCCUACAGUCCAGAAGAGAGGCCGACCACGGCAGCCGGCACCAGCCUGGACAGACUGAGGAUUGUCUGGAGGACGAUGCAAGACAGCGUGAUCGACAUUAAGGAGAAGCUGAAGGAGUCGAACAAAUUCUGGUCGUCGCUGCCAGACGGCAUCUGUGCAGAGGACGAAGUGACUGACCCAGAUGAGGAGCAGUGCUGGAACAGUCACACAAAGGGAAGAUACUUCCCUGAAGUUGUAAAAGACGGCCUGACGAACCAGCUCAACAACCCAGAGGUGGAAGUGGACAUCACGAGACCGGACACCUUCAUCAGACAGCAGAUCAUGACCCUGAGAGUGAUGACCAACAAGCUGCGAAACGCUUACAACGGCAAAGACGUCUACUUCCAGGACUCCAGUGACGAGGAGAGCGGCUCGGGCAGCGGAAGCGGCUUCACCACGGAGCCAGAAGUGGUCCACACGGAGCCACCGAUGCUGGAAGCAGACAAGAGCGACCCUCAGCCCCCGGCAGACGCGGCGGGCCCCCGGCAGACGCCCUCGCUGCGGUUACUCUCCGCCGGAACGGCCCUCACGUGGCUGCUGCUGCUGCUGCGGUGGAGAUAAUGGCAGGAGGCGGCACGCAGCCACACGGACGCAUAUGACAGAAGCAGCGUCGCUCGCGCUGUUAGCCUUUCCCUACCUGGACCGGACGUUUUCCAAAAAAAAAAAAUAGCAAGAAAAAGCCCAUGAAAAAAGGAGAGCAAGCUAGCUAGCUAGACGUGAAGAGGAAACCUUUGCAUCCUGCUUGUUCCAAAGAAUGCUUGGUGCAAUCAGAAGCCGACUGCUCUCGUUUCUAAAUGAAGUUAAAAGAAAAGCAAACUUUUGGGAAGGAAAAGCGGUCGCCGUGCUAAAGGGGGUCGCUUUUGCCUUUUCGGGAGAGAAUGGGGAAAUAUGAAAAUCUAUUUUUGUUUUCCUUUUAUACUGCAUAAAGCGAGACGACGAAAAUACGCUUUUUGUUUUUUUUUUUCUUUUCGUUUUUUUUGUUUGCGUUACGCCCCUCCCGAGUUCAUUAAAAGCAGACGUUAUAAAGAAAAAAAAAAGUAAGAAUAAAAAUCUAUAUGAAUCGACUUGUUUAUGUACCACUGUGAGAAUGCAUGGGGAGGUCAUGAGUAAAUGUUUUCAACUGUGAUUUCCACACAAUUUUAACGCUUUACUCUUCCGUUGAAGUGUUUUUGUUGUUGUUUUGCUCGGCUGACGGUCGUUUUCUAGGACCUGGGAUGGCUUUGGGUGAGCGUGAAGGUCGAGUCUUACAGAGGGCUGCUCCUGCUUGAUUCAAAAUUAAUGAUCCAUAUCUUAAUAUAUAAAGGUUUUAGUUAUAAAAUGUUUUCUUACAGAGAAAGAUUUAUUUAUAUUUCUAAUAUAAUUAUAUAUUUUGGCUUUACCAGUUAGCAACUUUUAUUCGAAAGCGCGUAUCUAACAAAACAGCUCUUGCAAAAGAAUGAUGUUUUUUGCUCUUUCAAACCCAAUAAUUAAUUUAACCAAGGUCUUUUUUUUGUUUCGUUGUUUGUUUGGGAUGUGCCUGAAACGGGCUGCUUUAAAAUAACUUUCUGAUUUGGGAUAGUUUUUUUUCUAUUGAAAAGCCAGUGUUAAACCCGACUGAUUCAUGUUCCUUACGCUCGUUUAUAUAUUCAUCAAUGUAAUGGAUUAUGUAUGCAUAACCCUCAUUUACUUAACAACCUUUUUUUUUUCAGUUUUUAUAUGUAACCCGCCAUAUCAUCGUUUCAUGUAUAACCAUUUGCAUUUACAAAAUUAUUUUGUUGUGAAACAGCAGGCCUCGUUUAUGAAACUAAAGCCGGUAGCAUUGCAUUUCACCCUACUGUGAAUGGGUGCCGUCAGAAUGAGUCGAACAGCUGAUAAAAACGUGAAUGAUAACAAGUCAUCUUCUCUGAAUCUCUGCGCUGUUUACGAGCUGAAACGGUUUAAAACAGCUCUAAACAAAUAUGUGAGUGGAUAUUAAUGUGAGAGACAACAGGAGAUGUUUUUUUCACUCAAAUUUAGUCCUGAAGCAAAGGUUUCGACUUAAAUGAUGGAUUUGUUUCUUACGAACUAAUAGCCUCCCUCUUCACAAGGGCCGGAGUUAUAGAGAUGUUUUUUUAUCAGCUGUUUGGGCUCUCGUUCUGACGGCACCCAUUCACUGCAGGGCAUCCGUGAAGCAAUGCUACAUUUAUCCAAAUCUGUCGAAACAUCUACACCCGCUUAAUUUUAUAACUUUAGUUUUUGAGUGAACUACGCCUUGAUUUUAAACCGCGUUCAAAACAUAUAUAUAUAUAUAUAUAUAUAUAUACGAUUUACAUUGUUCUGCUUAUGUUUCACGAACGAGGCCCAUUGAGUCGCUUAGAAUGUUAUAAGAGCACUUUCUUGGUUUGACUUGUAUCUGUAGUUAUGAAUGUUCCCAAUCCAGCGCUAUUCAAAUACAUCGAGCAAACCGACAGAAUUAGCGGUUUAAUGGCUCAGACCUCCCGUUAUGAAUGCUGGCAUGUGUUAAUGUAUCGUUUAAUGACAGCUUCUCCAAACAACUCUUUGGUUUAUGGAAGGACGCCGUGCAUUCAUCCGGAACCAUAAAGCUGCGCUUUAUGUUGAGAGCCGCCUGCUCAUGCAUCACGCUCUUGUCAUCACUGAAAUGCAAAGAUGCUAAAAGAUCCUCUAAUGUUCUUUUCUCAGAGAUGCGUGAAGGUUGAAUUAAAGUGCGGGGUGGCGUGUGGAAUAUAGACGCGCAAACAGCUUCGGAAAUGAAACGCGAGAGAGUCCGGCGACGCUCCACUGCGUCUGGUAUUUGAAGGCAGGACAGGUAGCAGAAGACGAUGUGCUUUUUGCUCAUGCCUGGGUACUUUUGUCUUCCCAGAAAGGCUCAGAAAGCAUCUCGUGGGUUUUGGAAAUGAGAAAUUCAGUGAGCCAAGAGAGAGGGCACGUUGAGGAAAGGUCGAACACAUAGCUGUGUCUUAAAGUCAACAUGAAGUCAGAUUUUAAAUCCUAUUCACUGUAACAUCUUCCUAGCCCUUGUGCCGUGCAGAACAUCCUAGUUUGGUGUUCCUCAUCCAAAAAAACGACAUUUGCAUUGCUUGUAAAUCUGUCACUGUGCUCUAUUAUCACCAGGGACCUCAUUUAGAAAAUGUUGCGUAGAAACCAUGCUAAAUGUGAUCUUGCGACCAUUUUUCGUAUGAACGUAUAAACGAGAAAACCCGAGUACGCCUCUCUUUCGGGUGUGAAAUCUGUUCAUCUCAAAGGACCUUGAACUUGCGCGCAAAUAAAUGGUUUCGGCUCUCCGUCUUUCUAAUUAAUGUCAUUAACGCAAAACCUCACCGAUCAUCAUAAUUUGCAGCAGCGAGCGGCAGGAACUCUUUACGUUUUCAAAAACCUGCAAUACUCCCAAUAAAAAAUGCACACGUCUGCUCAGACCCUGACAUUGGCGUGGUUUUAAGUAUAAGCACACUCUACGAUCAAAUCUGUGCAUGCGCACGCUGUAUAAAUAAGGCCCUAGAUCUUAUAUUCAAUAUUUUUGCCUUUUUUGCUUUUUAGCACAGGUUUGAUUGGUUUGGUUGAGUAAAUAUUACUAAAACUACACACAAUUAUUUUCUUUUUAUAUAUAUCAUGUUUCAUAAAUAUGAUAUUUGGCAUAAAAUAAUAUGUUUUUUUUUUUUACCAUUUUUACAUCUAUUUUAAAAUUGUCGCGCCUAAAAGUUAUCUAGUUUUUUUUUUUUGUUCGGUCGUUUUUUACUUCCUCGUUGAACUUGUUGUGUUCCUGGUCAAAAAAGACUAGCCUACAUGAACAGGGACACCUCCGAGUUUAAUGAGGAGCUUAAAGGAAAAAACAAAAAACUCAGAACCGGGAGAGACAAUGCUUAAACAUUAACUUUGUUUUUUGGUUUUUGGUUUUUAAUCAAAUUCGCUGCAGGUCAAAAUGACAAGAACACAACAUAAGGGCUAAAAUUCGCUUUAAAAUCGUGUUUUUCUCACUUAAAGGGAGCAUAAUCGGUCAAUUCAUGUUGACUUUAAGUGUUAGGUGUGAACGCCGAAGAAUGCAGAAGAAGAAAAAAACACAAACGGCGUAAUUCAUGAAUGCUCUUCAGACGAAAACUUUACUUCAAGGAAGUCGAAAGUGGUUGAGGGUCUCAAAUGGGCUGGUUGCUAUAUACAGUGGAUCACGAAGGGGCAAGUUAACGCAAAAACUGCCGUUUUUCUCUUCCAUUGCCCUCCGUUCUCGUGCGCUCCUGUCAGAAUCCGAAGACGAAGCAUGUCAUGUAAAACUUUUCCUAAUAGCUUGCGUGUUUCUACUUGUGGUCUGAAUGUAUUUGGCUUUUCUCUGAUGAUACCGAUUGAACGGUAUCGCCUAUUUUAUCGGUCUCGGAGGAUGCGAAGACUAAGCCGUCCAUCCGUCAAAACGGACACGUGGUUUUUAUUUUUUCACGUCGUAAUGUGUUUGAUGGAUACAAACCAGAUCCAGGCACUCCGAGCGAAUCUGUUUCUAUGCGUUUUGCUUUCUUUUUCCACAUUGCACUUUGAAAUUGAGUUCCACAUUUAGAUCUUUAUAUGAGUGACGAAACAAGAAAAAAAAAAGAAAAACGUUUACAUGUAAACAAGUACAAGCCAUGUCAAAUACAUGUUCGAAACACUUUGAGAAGAUUGUGGUCUGAAAGUGAACGUUGUUCCUACUGAAGCACGCUGCUUUGAGCUACUAUAGGUGAAGUUUUAAUGCGACGUUUAUGUCGUGCAAGCAGACAUGCCUUACAGUUUGUUUGUUUUCUUUUUUUUAAAGAAAAAAAAAGUACUAAAUGGAUUGCAUAUUUGGAUUUUGUUACUCUCUCAUAUAUACGGACAAGUAAUGAAGGGGUGCAAAUAAACAUUUUAUAUAUAAAAAAA